AUGCAGGCAGAUGCAGUUGUUACUAAAGCCCCAACAAAGUCUGCUGACUCGUGCCAAAAUACUGUAAACGCAGACAGUGACGUAUGCAGAGAUUUCCUUCGGAAUGUUUGUAAACGCGGGCGAAAAUGUAAAUUUAAACAUCCAACAAGCAGCUCAUCGUGUGAUAGCUCAAGAUUAAUAUUAAACACCAUAGUUGCGUUGCUUGGCACUGUUAAUACAAUGUUAGUCUUACCUUACACUGAUUUACUUAACUGUAAUGAAUCUCGUGGUUAUUUUAUUUCAUAUGUUGUUUCGAGAAUUUCCAUUCUAUUUUAG